CGGCGUCCCUUCAUGAGAGGUUAGAAAUAAGUUAGAAGUUGUGAUUUUAUUAAUUAAAAACUGUGAAUAAUGAAUUUUAUCAAAAUAAAAGACAAAGAAACGACCGUAAAACUGCCUAUUAACAAACAAAAGCUCAAAGUUGAUGUCGUAAAGACCUAUUUUCCCGGAGCCAGCGGUUUGACUUUUUUCGAUGGCAUAGAUAAGUGUGGAAUAUGUAUUGAAAACCAUGAAUUUCAUUUGAUUGAAGGUGUAGAUGAAUACGAAGUAUUCUACACUAAUUCACUGAAAGAAAAAAACUACAGCGAUGCCAAAAGAAAAAAAUUUAACGAAAUAAUGGAAAUUAUUGACGGCAAGGAAAAUCAAAGUUCGAUACCCCAUCAACCACCUGAUAUUUCAACACAUCCCAAAAAAAUUCUAAAAAUUUUACAUGUCGGAUGGAAACAUCGAGAUGAUUGUAGUAAAAACUACAAACAACAAAUUGCUCCCUAUGGUGGUAUUGUAAAAGUAGAAUUAAAUCACAAUGAAAAGUAUUCAUUUGAUACGAUCAAAGCACUAAGUUUAUCUGCAAUGGACAAUAUUUACAAUAGGUCACUUUUAAGUAAUUCAGUGGUCCUGCUAGGAAAUUUUAAGGAAAAAAUAUUUGAAAAUUUCGCAACUACUAACGACCCAAAAAAUGACGAUUUCUGGAAAUUUAGUGAUACUAUGAAGUCGAAAAACGGGCAGUAUAGAUUAUAUUUAUAUUCAACAGUUUCAACGUCUGAAGAAAGCGAAGUGGAAUGUUCAACUGUAACACCUUUGCCAAAUGUUAAUCAGCCUGAAUCUGGUGAUAAAUCUAUCAGUGAUCCCAAGCCGUCUACUUCUGGUGAAAAAGCAAUAACAGAUUUAAAAAAGUUGAGUUCCCGUAUAAAAAUGUCAGCAAAGUUCUACCCGCCUAAUUCUGGUUUUAAAUCUAUCACUCAUUGUAAACCGUUAGCAUCUAAUACAAAAUCGUCAAUAGAUUCCAACCGAUGUAGUUCUAGUAAAAAAUCGUCAUCAAAAUCACGUUACACAGGAACAGUCCUCUCAUUGUCACAAUCAGUAAAAUCUUCUCACGGUUCUAGGAUUAAUACAAAUUCUCACAAAAAUACAUUAGAAUCAAACAUGACUCAAGAUAAUAAUGAAGUCAUAAGAGUUUCUAUACCCACAAUUCAGGAAACAGAAAUAAAUUUCACGGACACAGUUUUAGGUAGUGGAUCAUUUGGCAGUGUCAUUUUAUCGACUUGGAACAGUUCAGAAGUUGCUGUUAAAAAAAUUAAAGCUGAUAAUCGUAAAUAUAUAUAUCGAGAAAUAAACGUGAUGGAUAAGGUUCGUCAUCCCAAUUUAAUUUCAAUCAUGGGUAUAUGCAUGACAGAAUAUUAUGUUUACAUCGUUAUGGAGUAUUACAAGAGCAAAAAUUUGGCGAACUUUAUAAGCACGCGAAAUGUCGACUUGGAUUAUGAAGUAAGGAAGAAUGAAAAUUAUGGCAUUUCUUUGCAAAUUUGUAAAGCUAUCACGUUUCUCCACCAAUUUAAUCCUACUGUUCUGCAUAAAGAUAUUAAACCAGAAAAUAUCUUAAUUAAUCAUUGCUUAGACAUUAAAAUUUGUGACUUUGGUCUAAGUAAUAUAUGCGAUGGAUCGCCGGGGUUAGAAACUACUGUUGGCCAUUAUUUUCAGGGUUCACCUUUAUAUAUGGCACCGGAAAUCCUCAUUGACCAAGAACAAGCUUCCAGAUACUCUGAUGUUUGGUCUUUAACUUGUUGUAUUGUUGAACUUUUUUCAGGAACAAAAGUUUGGAGUGAACACAGUAGUAUUUCAAUACCAAAGUUGAGGAAAAUAGUAACACAUCAAAAAGUACCAUGCUUAGAGAGUAUACCCACGUCUAUAAUUGACACAAUAAAAAACUGUUUCGACCAUAAUCCAAAAAAAAGACCGAGUGCUGCUAUAAUGUUACAAAUGUUUAAACGAAUCUAUAAGCCAGCAUAA